UUAAAAAGAUGCCUUGUAUUCUUGGAGUGUUGCAUUCUACCUCUGUUGUUUUUCCUGGUAGUCUGGAUCCUCUGCUUAGAUUUUUUUCUUCAUUUUUUAGAUGUCCUGGGUGUUUUGGAUGUCCCGAUUGAGGGCAGUGAUGGCUUUCAUGAAGAAAUCUUCAAAUGAAGACAGGAUUAUCCAAACACUUCCCUUCCCUGCUGCACUAGAAGCCAGGAAUAUCCUGUUGCUUCAGUCUGAAAACGGAACAGGUCGCACUAGCCUAAGCUACAGGCAACAUAGUGGUGCCGCAACCCGGUCUGCUCCCCGGCACACGGGCUUGAGCGGCGGGCGACGGGAAGCACGCUGGCGGAGGAGACGACCGAGGCAGCUGGCUGACCCCGGUGGGGAGGACGCUCCCAGUACCACCGAGAUGGAAUCACUCGGGAAGGUAAUUGAAGAAAUCCACACACAGUGGGGAAUUCAUUGCAAGUUUAAUGACUUUAAUACUGCUAUUAGGCGGUUGUUAAUGCUGAAUGCUAUUGAUCGUCCUGUGGACGUUUUGCACUCCGAAUGUUGGGGGAUGUGCACGACUGCUCUUGCUGAAGACGUUAUUGCCUCCGGCUCUAGUAAAUGUCUAAAGAGCUGGGGCAAAGUUAAACAAGCAUUGACAAAGGCUCUAGAAGAGCAAGAGACGUGGAAGGCAGCCCAGCAAUGUUUAAGAGCCAUUCCGAAGCUGGGUGUUGGAGCCGCAACUCAGACUGUUGUUACCGAUAACCUUGCAAGUUCACAUUCGUUGUUGGAUACUAACAACCCUUCGCUGUCGCGACCCUCAUCUCCACUCCCGACCUCCGAUCCUAAACCUAACCCAAACCCACUUCCCCAACGCGAUAGUUCCCCGUUUUCUAACGCCGGUACUAAUGAUAUUAAUGAAAGUGAAAUGAAAAUAAGACCACCACCCUAUGCCCCACAAAAUGGCGCCGAAGGGGAGCGGGAGGGGCGGGGCCAACGGCUGAUUCCCGCCACAGACAUGCGCGGUCAAGACCAAGGGGAGGGAGGCGUGGUUUCUAACUGGGAGGGGAGACCGGAGGCCUAUCAGAGAGCGAGCCAGUCACACGUUUCCUUAUAUGGCCAAGAAGCCCCUAGAAAAAAGGCGGAGUAA